AUGAAUUUUACCAUUUUAUGGUUUGUUUUGCUUUUCUGUGGCUCGAUUUCGGCCCAGGAUGAUGGCAAUGCUACUGAAAUACAGUCAUACCAUCCUGAUAUGUGUGACCUCAGGAGGGAGUUUGUUGCCAUAAGAGAAAAACUUGGAGCUGUAGAAACCAGACUGAAGGACAGUGAAACCAGGCUGAAGGACAGUGAAAACCAGAUUAUGGAACUGAGGAACAAAGAAAGAACCAAGGUGAUAUUCAGUGCAGCUACAGGAGGAGGAAGUAGAGACAUUGGACCAUUCAAUACAGACAUAACUUUAAUCUACAGAACAGUGAUUACAAACAUUGGUAAUGCCUACAACCAAUUCACAGGUAUCUUCGUUGCACCUGUUGCAGGUGUUUACCACUUUUCCAUCUUCUAUCAUGCUGGAGGACGACAUAUGGCAAUGUUGAAACUCUACAAGAACAAUCAACUCAUAGCCAUGACCCAUCAUCACCAGCAAGACUCACCUGGUAAUGGAGGAAACUCAGUGUUCCUGCAGCUGCAGCAAGGAGACCAGGUGUACGUGCGCUUGGCUGCAAAUGCAUAUGUUUGGGGAACUGACUACCAUACAACUUUCAGUGGGCUUUUGGUCACUCAGAUGUGAGAAUUGAUAGGCUGUAUAUCUACUGAUCGCUGCUUGAAGAUGAAUUCAAAAAUCCAAGAUCACUGAAAACUGCUGUCUGUAUCUCAUAAUCAGCACUUUGGAAACCUUGUGUUUGUUAAAAUCGUGCUAUAUAAAUAAAGUGGAUUGGAUUGGAUUGGAUAAUCUAUUGGGCAGGUUUUCCUGAAAUGUGCCACAGACAAUCAUGAUUUUUAUGACCACACUGAAUAUUGAGGAGUAGAAAAUGUACAUUUUAUUUGCAGGUUUACGUCAACAGAAAGGCCA